AUGAACCAAAAGCAUGAGCGGCCGAUAAGCCAUAAGCGGCCUCACAGCUCCGCAAAGGUCGAAGUGGCGGAGAACCGUGACCAGAUCUCUUCUAUGUUUACCCGUCGUGAAGAAAUGUCGAAGGUAGUUUCUCCACACUGCCUGCAUCAAUAUCUUUGGAUUCUUGAUGAUCAGUGCAUCGGCCGUGGUGGCCGCAACCUCUAG